AACAAAAAUCCCACAAACGCAUAAAUAAUAAAGCUUCCCGCAUUACAAAUUCGCUCCAUUUCCUCAAACCUCACUCCAACGAACAAACACUCCUUCCCUCCUUCAACUCAAUUCACUAUGUCUUCAAUCAUCUCUUCUCGUCCAAACCCUAACCCUAACCCUAAAUCUUCUGAAUUUUCCACUUCAUCUUCAACCAAAUCAACCAAAACCAGACGCAAAAAGAGGAAUUCUCGAAACAGGAAGAAGAACAAGAAUAAAAAAAUGCCGAAUUGGUUAGAGCUUCCAGAGGAUGUUUGGUCCCUAAUUUUCUCGAAUUUAUACACAACUCACAUAAUCGAAAAUGUUCAAAAUGUUUGCAUGUUAUUCCGUAAACUCUGCAAACAACCUUCUUUGUAUAAGAUCAUCGACAUGACUCUUCCAGAUGCUUAUAUGGACUUGACAUUUGAUGCAAAUGUCAUGACUCGCUUCGCUGUUGAUCGUAGUUCUGGGUGUUUAGUUGAUAUAUAUUUGGAAUCUCUUUGUGAUGAUGACACCUUGAUGUAUAUCGUCGAAAGGUCAAAGAAUCUUAAGCACCUGCGACUUGGGCACUAUAUUAAUGUUUCUGAUGAGGGGCUGAUUGAAGCUAUAAAAGGGCUUCCAGUGCUCGAGGAAGUGGAGAUUAUAAUAUGCUCUUACUCUGAGGAUACUAUUGAAGCUAUUGGCCGCACCUGCCCUGCACUAAAAUCAUUCAGCCUAAAUGAUGUUGGUUCUAAAAGCCAUCACUAUCUUGGCAAUGAGGAAGCUCUAGCCGUUGCUAAAAGCAUGCCUAAUCUGCGCAAGCUUCAACUGAUUGGAAACUGUAUGACAAAUCAUGGUUUGAAAGCAAUUCUUGAUGGAUGUCCUCUUCUCGAAUCUCUUGAUCUACGUGCAUGUUUCCAUAUUGAUUUAUCUGGUAAUUUGGGUAAAAGAUGUGAAAAGAUCAAGAAGUUGCGACGGCCAUAUGACUCCACUGAAGAUUAUAGCCACCAAGCGUGUACUGAUUCAGAAGAGUUCCCUGGUUACAAUGAGUAUGAUUCUGACGGUAGUGGCUUCUUUGGCUUCCAUCCGGGAUACCUUGAUUUUGAGGAUGAAGAUCCUGAUUACUUUGAUGAUUAUGAUGAUUUCCCACUCCAUUACUUUGCUGCUUCUGGCCUUUUAAACUAUGAAUCCUCUGACUGAAUUAUCAGCUUUUUUUCUUUCUUGCCGGAUCUACAAUCUUGUUUGCUCCUUUAUCUCAGGUUAAUCUUGCCGUGGUAGCAACCCAAUGACUGCCAGCUGGCUCAGCUCUUUUUUUGGCUCUUAGCUUGUUGCAUCUGCACUUGUGAUGCGUUUCAUCUCGGGUUGAUUUUGCCUUGAAAUAGAUCUUUUUUUUUCUUUUUCCGGCUAGGUCUAGGUUUUGUUUUUCGAAUGUUUAAUCCUGACCUUUUAUGAUAGUUUGUAUAAUGAAUCUAUCUUGUGCACUUAUAAAGUACUCAACUAAUUUAGUUUCAGAAGUGCUCCAUAUUUUUUUUAUUUGCUUACAGAAAUGUUAAACGCUAUUGCUUCCUAUACUCUCUCAGUCUCUUCUUUGUAGGAAGUGGCUAUUGGAGUACUCUUUAUCAGCCGCGUUGAAAGAACAGUUGCACCUGAGUCUUCAAAAGAUCCAGGUUUGAAGCUUCUUACAGUGUUACUCCCUCUGCUGAGAAGUAAUUCUUCUUCCAUUUAAGUAACAGGAUGGUCCAUUAACUGGUGAAGAUUUCAUGCCAAUAAAUCACCUCAAAAAAGAAGUAUGGAGGUCAUAUUUUAUAUUCCUGAAAUUGUUUUCUGGUAUGCCUGUGAUUCAAUGCCAUAUAACUUCAUAGAAGUAUCAUUUAUAAUUUAGUGUCACUUUCUGAGUGUAUUUGAUUAAUAUUUUUCUGGAAUUUUUCUUUAAGCAUGGUGCAUAUGUGCAAAAAGGCUUCUUUUGCCCUUAUUCUUAGUUUUCUACCUCUUUGUCUUCAUAGCUUAACUAAUAAAUCUGCUUCAUUGUUGCUCCCACAUGACAUCUCUACAAAUUGUUUUGAAAUGUCCCAAUUCUCAUAUGUUCACUUACUGUUAAUUUAAUUUUAGUGGUCAUACUUUUUAAUGUCUUCAUACAUACAAUAAUUUUUAAAGAACCGUUUCUGUAUACUUUUUGUUUAGUAGCGCCACAAUAUAUAUACACACACAGUCACACACACAAGAAUAUGUGUAGAUAGAAGUGUGUAUCAAAAUGUUCUGACAAAAGAAAGGCGAAUAUAUCCCUAGUUUUUUCUAGCUGGAAAUGAAAUUAGGCUGAACAUAUCCCUAAUGAUAUGUUAAUUUAAAGCAUCCUUUGAGAAAACAUAUCAAAAAGAAGCUGAACAAUCACAACAUAGACGGGGAUGAAUAUUGAAUGACCAAUGAUAUGGUUUCUUUUUUUUUAUCUAUUGUAUGAGUCGUACUAUAUGUUAUAUGAAUCACAAACUUGUUAUUCACUCAAAAAGUGAUUGUCAUAUGUCAAAUACUCACAUAAUGUACAUGUGGCCGGCUAGAUUGUCAUAAACUAGUUUUAUAUGUACGCGAUGCGUGCGAAAAUACGUAGAAAUUAAUUUUAUUUAGGGGAUGUAGAAAAUUAAAUUAAUUGUUAAUUAUAUCUAAUAAAUUAGGGUCAUUUGAAUUGUUGACGGUUUUCUUUUUGUAAUGUAUUUUGUUAUGUUUUAAACUAAUUAGGUAGUUUUCUUUUUUAUAUUUACAUUUUCUAUUUUUUAAUUAAAGUAAAUAGUUACUCUUUCUUUUUGUUUUUUGGUGUCCUAUCCCUCCUGACAUAUAGAAUAAAGAUGUAGUAAAGGUAAAAUGGGGUUUCUAAUAUUUUGGUAUCCUAUCUCUUUUCACAUAUAAAAUAGAGAUAAUUCACUCAUGUCUCAUUUCUGACGUUCUUCUGAUCAUUUUUGUCAAAGAGAAAGACAUCAUAUGAUAAAGUAAUACCUUAGAAUUAUUUGAAAGAUUCAUAGCAAUUUCACAUGACAGAACACGAACAAGAAGGUUUAUUGACCAAGUAAUCAAAGAAGCAGCAACAUCAAAUAUUGAUGCAAAAAGAUGAUAUAUAAUGCACCAAAAUUAAGGUCAACAGUCAACACAGAUAACAGUGUAAUACAAUUAGCAAAUACAGAUAACAGUAGUUUGUAUCUCCUAACUGCCUUUGAACUUUAGUUUUAUUAACUUAACUAAGAAAAUUCCAUGAUUACUUUGCUGGAGGCGGCCCUCUGGACUGUAUGUAUUCUGACUUUGCGGCAGUUUUUUUGGCAUUGCUAUCAUGUUAGUGUGUUUGACUUGGUUACGUGCCUACAUAUAAAAUCAUUUUUUCUUUGCAUGACCAAUUUCUUGUGAUUUUCAUAUUAUCUGACCACUUACUAAACAUAUCAAUGUGAUAUUUUUUUGUCGAUUUAGAUUAUCAAUGCAAUGUUAUUUGCAAGUUUUUGAUAUCAAUAUAAUCAUCGCUUGAUAUAAGUGGAGUGUAUCCAGUUCUGACAUUUUCAGAAAACACUCUACAACUAGUUUCAGAAGCUUCAGUUCUAUUGGCAUGAUGUUGUAAAUCUAAACUGAAGAACAGACAAAAGAUGGUCUAAAGACUAUACAAUACAUGGUAUAUCUAUAUCUACUGCAAACUGCUGUACUAAAGUGUAGGUGUCGUACUCAAACUGUCUGCCGGGGUCUGUGACUGUGACCUUAGCGAGCCAAGCGAGGAGGGAGUAAGUGAGGCGAUGCGAGGAACUUGUAGUGAUUCAACCGCUCCUUCUAACAUGUCGACCACUUGACUCAUCUCUGGUCGACUCGAUGGGUUGGUUUUCACACACCAUAAGCUCACUAAGAUCAUCUUCUUCUGAAUGUCUCUCUCAUCAGCACUUAACAUCUCUUGAUCAUCAAGUGUUUCCCCUACUUCGAGUUUCUCAUAUAUCCAUUGAGGAAAAUAUUUUUCAGUUCUGCUUUGAUCAUCACCUUCAAUAUCAGCUUUUCUUCUACACCCAACCAUUUCAAGAACCAGCAUUCCAUAACUAUAAACAUCUGACUUGUAUGAAACACCACCAAAACUCCUAAGAAAUACCUCAGGAGCAAUGUAUCCCACAGUUCCUCUAGCUUCAGAUAUCGAGAUAAGGCUCUCCUUCCGCGGGCAUAACUUAGCAAGGCCAAAAUCAGAAAUCUUUGGGCAAAAAUUUGCAUCUAGGAGAAUGUUGUGUGGCUUAAUGUCGAAGUGAAGUAUUCUCGUGUUACAACCUCGAUGCAAGUAUUCAAGCCCUCUUGCAAUUCCAACUGCAAUUUGGAAUAGCUCUUCCCAUGAUAACAAGUGGUGGUUAUUUCUUCCAUACAGGUACUUCUCAAGAGAUCCAUAGGGCAUGAAGUCGUAGACAAGAGCUCGGUUUCGACCUUCAUAGCAAAAGCCUAAGAGUGUGACAACAUUAACAUGGUUAGUCUUUCCGAUACUUGCAACCUCGUUAAUGAACUCCUCUGCAUUUCCUUCUGUUUUUUUCAGAAUUUUUACUGCCACAAGAUGCCCUGUAUUUUGGAGCUUUCCUUUGUAUACAGCACCAUAGCCUCCUUCACCUAGCUUAUCUCUGAAAGAAUUAGUUAUUUUCUUCAGAUCAGAGUAUGUGUGUCGUUGUAGUCCAACAGUUCCAUGAUUUCUUAAGAAAGCCUCAACAUCUGGCUUCUUCUUUUUCCGAGAUUUCUCCUUUGCUAACCAUCUUCUUCUUACACAGAUUACUAAAACAAGUAAAAUUCCUACCCCAAUAACUGAAAAAGAAGCUGCAAGGCAAUCAAGUAAUAGCAUUUUAGGUAUGCGACUAUAUAAACUGCUAGAAUAAAUUUAACUUACAAAUAUGUAAAAGGAAAACAUUCAAAAAUUGGUAUAUGGAUGAAAUGAGCAUAAGCGUAUAUCACCUAGUAGUGUGAUCUUGGAUUUGGUUAGAAAAACCUUGUAUGGAAUGGAUCCUGUUUUCAAUAUUUAGUUAGAGAUAUGCAUGUAAAUAGAAGGGGUGGGGUUGGGACUCGGGAGUAUGUGCUCCCAGAUACUGUACUGUGGUACCUGGGAAGGGGCACUUGGAUUCAUCAGUGCAGAAACAAAAGAACUUCUUCGAAUGCGGCUCAUGCCCACACUGGCCUCCUGAUCUAAGACAUGCUUGACACAAUCUAUUAUUCGCGCUCCAUCCAAGCUCGAAACCGUUCGAAGCAACUAGAGGAUUGUAACCUCCCCCUUGAUCCAGCAUCAGAUUGUCUGAAAUGUGUAUCGGAAGGAAAAUAUGGUUUGGACACGAAGCUUCAGUGAUGUUACUUUUCAACAUGGCAUUCUUGGUCAGCCAACAAACUGAUAAAUUUCUUUGAGGUGGACUCAUAGGACAAGGGAAUGCUUGAAACGUCGUAAGAUUACAUAACGAUGAACAAUUACCGUAAAACAAGGUGAGGUUGGCAUUAAGAGCUGUAUAUUGGAAAAUAGCUGAAUCAAUUGUGAUGUUGUUUAGGUGAUCAGGGCACCCAAAUUUUUGCUUAAAAUCUCGCCUCGCAACUUUAAUAGUGGAAGAUGUGUAGUUGAUGCUCAUAACCAUAAAAGUUUGCGACUUCAUCGUCAUAAGAGCAUCAGUUUGAUUGCAGCCAAAGAGCUCAAACCCAGGAUGCCCACAAUAUGAUGGUCUGUUUAAGCCAUAGAAAGGGUAGCUUAUAUUUGUUAUGUUUCCACAGUUAAAUGUCUGACUGCAAGUUUUAAACUCUCUGCUUAGGCGGCAAAGAGAUGUAGGAAGAUGAGUAAAUAAUGCAAGGAAAAAAAUGGCAAAUGAAGAUGAAACAAGGACAUCCAUUAUUGAAGAUAGUAAGAAAGGGGAAGAAAGAGGGAUUUUUGAGAGAUUAUUUGCAAAGGUGAUAUUUUGAAGCAAUGAUGUGAAUUGAGUGCAAGAUAAUGGGUUCUUUUAUGGUCAAUAUAAAGCAUUGUGGACCAGUUAUUAUUUAUUAUUGGAGACUUUGGGAGUAUUGGACCAUGGCAUGCAGUAGGGACUGAUGUCUACUGUCUAGUAGAGCGAGAAAUAUUUGGCAAGAUGCAAACUUCCCAGAAGCCGCCAAACGAUUUAAUCUCGACUAGAUAAAAUAAUCAAGAGUUGUGGACUCUGUUGGGAUCUCUCGUUCUCAUAGAGACGUUUACCAUUUUGAUGUAGAGUUUGUCGUGUAAGAGACCGUCUAUUUUUAAGUUAAAAUUAGGCAAUGGUAAGCGUAAUAUUUUAAUAAUUUUUAUUUGAUGUAAUAUUUGGUUCACUAUUUUUGAAUUCUAAAAAACGAAGUGAAUUAUUUAUUUUGCUCUUGUUUGAUUAAA